AUGUCUUUCGUUGCAAGGCUAUGGAACGCCAUUAGAAACCCUGUACGAUAUGUAGGCAGGGACUUGCAUGGAAACAAAUUUUACGAGUCGUAUUCCCCAAAUGGUUGCAGAACGAAAAGGACUGUGCAAUAUCAGAAAGAUGAGGAUAUGUGGAAAUAUGUUGGUGGGCAAAGACGUCUUGCUGUCCAAUGGUCCGCAUGGCUUACCCAUACCCGCCGCGAUCCACCAACUAUCCAAGAGCUUGAAGCAGACGUCCUACGCCAGCAACGCGUCUUGGCAAAUGUCGCGCUUAUUGAAGCCAGAGACCGCGCAGAAAGUGAACAGAUGCUAAGGAUUCGACAACAGGAUGCUGCGCGGGCACUGGAGGAAGCGGCUGCAAAGCACAACACGGUACCCUUGGUCCGCGAACCGGAGAGUGUCUCUUCUGGAGGGAAUGUCGAGCAGGCUAGCACUUAUCGAAAUCUGCCACCACAACAGCUAGAUGGAGCUGCUCCUUCAUUUGCAUCUGCUUCCGCGUCGACCUCAACUUCGACCCCUCCUCCAGCACGCUCAACGAUCAAGGUCGUUCCUCCCAAGUUUGUUACUCCUGCUUCACCACGAAAAUCCCGAACUUCGGCUAAAUUCACGCUGCCUCUGUCGUCCAGCGAAAGUAAUGACCAAGAAAGGCUAUCAAGCCGCGAAUCACUUCCUGAACACUCUUUGGAGGCCAAUUUCGAAGCAAAGAGGAAAGAAGAAGCGGUCACAACUCAAUCGCCACCUCCGAUGCCAUCCCGACCAGUGUCAGAAACUGAGAGUUGGACGCCUAAGGCAAGACGAAGAGGUUAA